UUGGAGCACGAACUCGAUCGCGUAAAUACAUUAAUCUUUGAAUGGCAGUGCUUAUGCGCGAAUAAACUAAAUUGGAGGACCAUUGUUAAAACCGCCGUCAGCGCUAGUAUUGCGAGACAGUACGAGUCUGGCCGGCAGCUGAGAAGCAAGUUUGUUGCGACGAAAGUACGAGACAUAGUAUCUAUGGAAAGCGGCGCGGGUGGCGUUAUAUGUUUUAGUUGUUGAUGCGAAUUAUCGUUUUCGGUGAAAGCUCGAGCAGCACGGGGGUAGUGCGGAUUGUCACGAUAAAUGGCAAAUUAUACGCAUAAGAGUGCACAGUGAGGUGAACCAUUGAUAUUAGAUUAUAUCACAUGAACGUUGCUGAAAGUUUACUGUGUGUAAUGUGCUGGCAGUUGUUAUAAAGGACGCUGUUUUUUAGAGGUUGAAUAGUGACUAAAAAGGUGCUUGGUUUGUUUUUAGCUUGCUCCCGUACCGCAGAUAACCUUAUCGGACAGCAAAGAUGCGUUUUGUCUAAGCCGCAACUGUCUCUCUACCAUUCAAAGAUCUUGUGCUCAUCUGGCCAGUGCACUAUUGAUUAGUCAGCUUCGGCAUGGGUAAAUCGGUGUACACCAUCAACCCGGAUAGUCCCAGUGUGAAUGGAAAUGCUGUUGAAAUUAAGAAUGGUAUCCUGCCGAGUGGAGAGGAGAACCCGAAACCAGAAGCGGGAAAAUUUCGCACCGUUUUGCCCCAGAUUUUGGCUAGCACAGCCAAAAACUUUCUCCUGUUGGAUUUAGGGAUGGCUGUGGCGUUUCCCACCAUUGUGAUUCCUGCCCUGCGAGGAUUGAAAAAUCGAGCUCCCGAUGAGUUUCUCUACUUCACACCGGCACAGGCUUCCUGGUUUGGUAGCGUAGCUUAUAUUUGUCAACCGAUUGGUAGUGUUCUAUCAGGGAUUGUCUUAGAACCAUUAGGACGGAAGCGCUCAAUGAUUCUGGUGAACAUUCCCCACAUUAUCGGGUGGUUGAUGUUACAUUUUGCUGGAUCGCUGGAGGAAAUGUAUACCGCAGCUGUGCUGCUUGGUUUGGGCGUAGGUUUUAUGGAGGCCCCUAUUGUUACUUAUGUUGGUGAGAUAUGUCAACCGUCGAUACGCGGAAUUCUCACGUCCUGCGCUGGCGUAGCUGUGAUGUUGGGCUUCUUUGUUGUGUAUCUGCUUGGAACGAUAACCACGUGGCGCAUAACGGCCGCUAUCUGUGUGUCGAUUCCACUGGCGACAAUGAUUGCCAUUUGCUUCGUGCCGGAAACACCGAUGUGGUUACUAUCGAAGGACCGCACGGAUGAUGCUCGAAAGUCUCUGCAGUGGCUGCGAGGCUGGGUCUCGCCGCAAGCCGUGGAUAAAGAAUUUCAGGAGAUGCAACGGUACAGUGCUAAUGCAGCCAAAUGCGCAUCCUGUCAGAAAUUGCAAGCUGCGCAAUGUGGUCAUCCUCCACCAACCGAGUGGAUGAAGCUGCAAGAGUUGAUGCGAAAACGGAAUCUCAGGCCUUUCGUGCUGGUUAUGUUGCUGUUCGCUUUUGGACAGUUGAGUGGAUUAACUGGUAUGCGGCCAUAUUUAGUGCAGAUCUUUCAAGCAUACGGGGUGCCACUAGAUGCUAAUUGGGCUACUGUGUCGACUGGUUUGCUGGGACUGUUGGCCAACAUCGUCUGCAUGAUAUGUAUCAAAUUCGUAGGCAAACGCAAAUUGGCGCUGUUUUCAAUGUCUGUAACGGCUCUCUCAUGUUUAUCGUUAUCUAUUUAUGCCUUUAAUGUAUUCCCUGCUGGGUGGACUUCCUUCGAUGUGCACAAAGAAGUGAACACUGCCAACGGUCUGAAUUAUAUUCCGAUGUUACUGUUCUUCUUGUUGGCAUUUGCAACUAGCGUCGGAGUGCUGCCCGUUCCUUGGAUACUACUCAGCGAGGUGUUCCCGUUCAAAAAUCGGAGUCUAGCCUGCGGAAUUACUGCUGCUCUCAAUUAUGUCAUGACAUUCGUAACAACUAAAACAUACUUUAAUCUAGAAAGUACAUUUUCUUUGCCUGGUGUGAUAUUAUUUUACGGUAUUUGUGGAAGUAUUGGUGCUCUGUUUGUGUACUUUUUCUUACCCGAGACAGAGAAAAGAACCUUGGAAGAUAUCGAGAUAUACUUCUCUGAUAAUAAAAGAAAACUGACGGAUAUCCACAUUGAGCGGAUCAGUGGGCAACAAAAAACACAAAAAGGAAUGUUUAUCUCAAAUUCUGAUUCUAAAAGGCAAGGAAUAGAAAACGCUGCUUACAGUGAAAAUGAAAAAUGAAACUUGAAUCUAUUAACUUACACUAAUUUAUUCAAAACGUAUAUAGUUCUAGUGGCCAUAUUUAAUAAAAAUAAAUCACACCUCAUUC